GACUUGUACUUAUGUGGUCGUUAUCAUCUAUGCGACUGGGCAGCAUUGUUGUUCGAUCAUGUAGGAGGAAUAAAGCUCUGGUUCAAUGCCGGAAGGCUACAACCUCCUCAACGUCCCCACGUUAUCCAUUCCCAACGCAUCCACGACCUACCCCGCACGAGAUAUUUCACUUACCAGCUGGUGCUUCGAAGCAAGAUGUCAAGACUCGAUACUACGACUUAGUCCGAAUUCACCAUCCCGACUCUCCACACGCACGCCAUCUGGAUCCCUCCGUCAGGCACUCUCGCUUUCAAUCAAUACGCGCCGCAUAUGAUACACUUAUGGGCAAAGGCUAUGGCUCAGGCAGUACCAUUGAUCCCGUCUAUGCUGAACUUGAACGGCGACGACGAACUCAGGAGGCAUAUAGACGAGCACGACAGCGGGCGGAAUUCGCUGACGGGUUCCCACAGAAGAAAUGGGAGGCCAGCCCAGACGACAGGUGGAAGGAUAGAGUCAUAUUUGCCGUUGGAAUACUGUGCCUAUUCGUCGGCAUAGGACCUGCAAUAUGGUCACCAACUCAUGGUGCUGACCAGGUACAUGCAGCGGCAUCUACGAAUCUCGCUCAAGCAAGACGUGAAGCUCGAGAGUUUGGCGAAGAGCGAAGACAAGAAAUUCGACGGCGAGUCAGAGAGAACCAGGAGCAAUUGGCCGCACAAGAGAAAGGGUCUUAACGUGACGGUAUCUCAUAGCGUCCUCAUCGGCACCUGUCGCUCAGUUGUAUUUGUAUAUUUUAUGUAUUCCUAUUCUUGCCAUUUCGAUCUAGUCUGCACCCU